CAAUUUUAUAAUUACUAAUUUAUCUUAUAUUUUUCAGGAAUAAUGUUGAACAGUGAAAUAAAACAUAUUUUACACUGUUGUCUAUUAUUCAUUGUUAUACUUACUUUUGAAUUGGUCUCUGGUGGAGUUUGUUGGAACAGUGAUAAUGAUCAACAAUUAGAUCCAUGGGCUCAAUAUGGAUUCAUUGGAGCACUUACAUUAUAUCUGCUACGGACACUUACACUUCUUUCUCUUCCACAAGUUUUAUUUAAUUUUGUUGGAUUGACAAUUUAUAACGCAUUCCCAGAUAAAGUUAUUUUAAAUGGUUCUCCAUUACUCGCACCAUUCAUUUGUAUUAGAAUAGUAACACGUGGAGAUUAUCCACUAUUAGUACAAGAAAAUGUCCAGAGAAAUUUGAAUAAGUGUAUAGAAUCUGGUUUAGAAAACUUUCAAAUUGAAGUAGUAAGUGAUAAACCAAUUGGAUUAUCUCCCCAUAGGAGAAUUAGAGAAGUGGUCGUUCCACAAGAUUAUCGAACAAGUAGUGGUGCUUUAUUUAAAGCACGUGCUUUACAAUAUUGCUUAGAAAGUUCAGUGAAUGAAUUAGCAGACCAUGAUUGGAUCGUACAUCUUGACGAAGAAACCUUGUUGACUGAAAACUCUAUUCGUGGAAUAUUGAACUUUGUGUUGGAUGGAAAACAUCAAUUUGGGCAAGGACUAAUUACAUAUGCUAAUGAAGAUGUUGUCAAUUGGAUUACAACAUUAGCAGAUAGUUUUAGAGUAGCAGAUGACAUGGGAAAAUUAAGAUUACAGUUUACAAUGUUUCAUAAGCCAUACUUUAGUAUGAAAGGUUCUUAUGUUGUCACUCAGAUGGGUGCGGAACGGAUAGUUUCUUUUAAUAAUGGAUUGGAUGGAUCUGUUGCGGAGGAUUGUUUCUUUGCAAUGAAAGCAUUUACUCAAGGUUACACAUUUAAUUUUGUAGAGGGUGAAAUGUGGGAGAAAUCUCCAUUUACGUUAUGGGACUUUGUGCAACAAAGGAAGAGGUGGUUACAGGGUAUAUUGCUUGUCGUACAUUCCAAAGCGAUUCCAUUAAAUAAAAAAUUGCUCUUAGGCAUAUCUUGUUAUUCAUGGGUAACAAUGCCUUUAUCUACUUCAAAUGUUAUAUUAGCUGGAAUUUAUCCUCUUAUUUGCCCAGCAGUUAUAAAUUUUCUAUGCGCUUUUAUUGCAGCAGUUAAUAUUUACAUGUACAUUUUUGGUGUAAUUAAAUCAUUUUCUUUAUAUCGAGUUGGUAUUGCUCGAUUAAUAUUAUGCAUAUGUGGAGCACUAUCAACUAUUCCUUUCAAUUUGAUAAUUGAAAAUGUUGCUGUCAUAUGGGGUUUAUUUGGGGAGAAACAUAAAUUUUAUGUUGUCAAUAAAGUAAAACACUGAUAAGCAUAACAAUGUACUUUUAUAAUAUUAAAAAUAUUAUAUGAUAUUUCUAUGACAACAUAAGUUUAUGCUAAUACUAAGGUACUAGUGGUAUAUAUUAUAUUAUUAUAUAAAAAGAGAUAUGUAUCUAGACUAUUUACUAUUCAUUAGAAUAUUUAAAAUCCAAUGUAUAAUAUACAUGACUAUACAAAUCAUUGAUAUGUUGACUCCUGGAGAGUCACUAGUAAACACAUGAAUUUUUAAUGUUGAACUACAAUAUUGAUCAGCAACGAUCAAUAAUGAACAGUAUUAUAUAAAUUAGUAAAAAUAAAAAGUCAUUAGCUAAAUUACUUAAAGUAAAAACAUUUUUCUUUAUAUAAACAAGUAACAUUAUAAAAUAAUAAUUUAUUGAUAUCUAUGUCAUGAAAAUUUAAUUUCAUUACUUUGUUUUUAGAGUAAUUCAUUUAGAAGAAUUGUAGUAAACGAAUUUUCAAAAGAUUCAAAACUCUUCAGAGUGUCAAGUAUUUUGCUAUAGUUUUACUUUAUCUAAUAUUUGUUUAUUACAUAGUAUUUAUUUACUACAAUAUUAUACUGUUCCUAAUAUUUGUAUUUUUUGUCAACAUUUAAGAAAUUCACACAAGUUUUAUCAAAGAAAUUGUAAGCUAGUUUAUGAAACAAAUUUAAUAAGUACAUAGGUACAUCAAGUGUGAAUUAAUGCUAUAAAAUGCAUACGAUUAAGAGUUGUUCAAAUUAAUUUAUUUCUUUUGAUUAUAAAGAACUUUAAAACUCAUAUCACAACAUUUACAUACAUAUUGUACUAUUUAAUGUUAAAGAACAGAUUUUAAUAAAUGAAUUUACAAAAUUUUUGUUUCUAUAGUAUAGAAACUUUGAUUUAUGAUAUUAUAAUAUUAAUAAUAUUUGAAGUAGCCUGUUUGGAAUAUAAACAUGUGCAUAAUUCGUAUAAUUGAUUAUGAUUUGGAUACUCAUUGAUUUGUAAUAUGUUACAUGCAUUUGUGUUCCCAUAUUUUACAUUAUCGAAAGAAAGUUAGAUAAAAUCUGUUUUAAUCUCACAAUCACUGAUACAUUACUUAACAUGUUUAUAACUAUGUAAUUUAUCAUCAAUUUUCAAAAUUUUUAAUUUCAACUAUUUUAUUCUUUAUAUGCAGAAUGUUUAUAUACAAUAUUAUGGAAAUGUACAUAUUAUUAUGGAAGUAUUAGUAUGAAAACUAAUUUAGAUGAUAAUUGUUACAACAUACAAAUUUUUCUAUUCUUUAAUCAUAAAUUAUAUUACCCUUAACCAUGGAAUUUUUUCGCACAAGAUUUUUUGUAAUUUAACGUGCUUUAAUUUAACUCUUUUUUCCCUUGAGUUUAUUGUUUUUUUUCAACAUAGUUAGUUUUCUAACAAAAUGGAAUGUUAAUAUUUAAAAAAUAUAAUAAAAAAGGAAAUAAUAAAUAAAUACUUAUAUAAAAAUGUUUGGAACGCACCAUAUGGUAAGCCCUGUUAAGGGGUUAAAAACAUUUGUUUACAUCUUGUGUAUAUCAAACCAAAUUUACUAAUAUCUUUCAUAAAGUACCACAAGUUUCGUAUUGUAAUAGUUUUACCUUCUUAGCAUUAUAUAACUUAAGAGUAUCAAAAAAAAUGGUAUAAAGCAGGGAAGAUAUGUAUCUAUCCCACACACUAUUGUAUUUUGUAAAUUUAAUAAAAUUUCAUUAUCUACUAUUUUGCAAAUA